AUUCUGAACUGGCUCUCAACUGGUCUAUGUUCGUUUAAGGACCUUGACCUCUAAUUCUGUGGAUUACCAAGUGGGCUGGGGCUGUUUUUCCCACCAGCAAUCGCUGGGAAGUCUUUAAAAAGCCAGUCAUGGCGGCUCUGCAGAGGCGCCCGCCCUGCUGCGAGUUGCUCCUGCUUCUCAAUCUCCUGUGGUGGUUGUGGGGCUCAGAAGCUGGGCAGCUCCGCUACUCUAUUCCCGAGGAAGUGGAGAAAGGCUCCUUCGUGGGCAGCAUCGCCAAAGACCUGGGGCUGCAGCCCCGCGAGCUGGCAGAGCGCGGGAUUCGCAUCAUCUCCAGAGGUAGGUCGCAGCUUUUCUCCCUAAACCAGCGAAGCGGCAGCUUGGUCACCGCGGGCAGGAUAGACCGGGAGGAGCUGUGCGCCCAGAGCGCGCCCUGUCUUGUGAGCUUUAACAUCCUUAUAGAAGAUAAAUUAAAUCUUUAUCCUGUGGAAGUAGAAAUAGUGGACAUUAAUGACAAUGCACCCAGAUUCUUAAAGGAAGAAAUGGAAUUGAAGAUUCUUGAAAAUGCAGCUCUAUCCUCUCAUUUUCUACUAAUGGGUGUCUAUGACCCCGAUGUGGGAGUGAACUCCAUUCAGGGCUUCAAGCUCAGCGGUAGUAGUCACUUCUCAGUACAUGUGCAAAGCCAAGACCAUGGGCCCAAAUACCCGGAGCUGGUGUUGGAGCACAGCCUGGACAGGGAAGAGGAAGCCGUUCACCACUUGGUCCUUGUUGCCAUGGAUGGUGGUGACCCUGUCCGAACAGGCAUGGCGCGAAUUCUUGUAACUGUCGUAGAUGUGAACGACAAUGCUCCAGUAUUUACUCAGCCUAUCUAUCGUGUGAGUGUCCCUGAAAACCUGCCUGUGGGUACACGAGUGUUAACAGUUAACGCCACCGACCAGGAUGAAGGAAUCCAUGCAGAAAUAACAUAUUCCUUUGUGAGGAUCACAGAAGAAAUCUCGCAGAUUUUCUGCUUGAAUCCUUUAACUGGGGAAAUUUCCACUUCCGAAACUCUAGACUAUGAGGAUUCAAGAUUUUAUGAGCUGGAUGUUGAAGCCCGAGAUCAAUCAGAUCUUCAAGACCGAGCAAAAGUUUUAAUAACCAUCUUGGACAUGAACGACAAUGCACCGGAAGUAGUGGUUACAUCUGGUAGCAGAGCAAUUGCUGAAAACUCACCUUCAGGGACCGUAAUUGCUCUUUUUCAAGUCUAUGAUAAAGACUCUGAACGGAAUGGCCUGGUAAUAUGCUCCAUAUCAGAAAGUCUCCCAUUUAAAUUGGAAGAGUCAUUAGACAAUUAUUUUCGGUUAGUGACAAAUACAGAACUGGAUCGCGAACAGGUAUCUUCGUAUAACAUCACUGUGACAGCCACUGACAGAGGAACACCACCUCUGUCAACAAAAAUAUUCAUUUCCUUAGAUGUGGCAGACAUUAAUGACAACCCACCUGUUUUUUCCCGUUCAUCCUACUCUGUCUAUGUCUCUGAGAAUAACCCUAAGGGCGUCUCCAUCUUCUCUUUGAAUGCAGUGGACCCUGACAGUGAAGAAAAUGCAGAAAUUAUUUACUCUCUGGCCAAAGAAACCCUUCAGGGAACACCUCUAUCCUCCUUCCUCUCCAUCAACUCCAUCACUGGUGUCCUGUAUGCACUGUGUUCCUUUGACUAUGAGCAGUUUAGAGAACUGAAUCUACUGGUGACAGCCAGUGACAGAGGGAAACCCCCACUUAGCAGCAAUGUGUCACUUAACCUGUUUGUGCUGGACCAGAAUGACAAUGUACCUGAGAUUCUGUACCCUGUUCUCCCCACGGAUGGUUCUACUGGUGUGGAGCUGGCCCCCCGCUCUGCAGAACCUGGAUAUCUAGUGACCAAAGUGGUGGCAGUGGACAAAGACUCAGGUCAGAAUGCCUGGCUGUCCUACCGCCUGAUCAAGGCCAGUGAGCCAGGGCUCUUCUCAGUGGGACUACACACAGGUGAGAUCCGCACAGCAAGGGUCCUGCUGGACAGAGAUGCUCUCAAGCAGAGCCUGGUGGUGGCUGUGCAGGACCAUGGCCAGCCGCCUCUCUCAGCUACUGUUACACUUACUGUGGCUGUGGCCAGCAGCAUUCCUGACAUCCUGGCUGACUUGGGCAGCCUUGACCUUCCACACAAGUCUGAAGAUUCAAGCCUUACAAUCUACCUGGUGGUGGCGGUGGCCACUGUUUCGUGCAUCUUCUUUGCUUUUGUCAUGGGGCUGCUGGUGCUCAGGCUGUGGCACUGGCACAAGUCAAGAUUGCUGAAGGCCACAAGGAAAGGUGUGUCAAAUAUGUCCACUUCACAUUUCGUGGGUAUUGAUGGGGUGCAGGCUUUUCUACAGACCUAUUCCCAUGAGGUCUCCCUCACAGCAGACUCCAGGAAGAGCCAUCUGAUCUUCCCCCAGCCCAACUAUGCCCACACACUCAUCAGUCAGGAGGGCUGUGAGAAAAAUGAGCCUUUAUUGAUACAGGAAGACUCGGCUUUUUGCAAAGAGGAAGACUCUCUUGAUCAGCAAGCCCCGCCCAACACUGACUGGCGUUUCUCUCAAGCCCAGAGACCCGGCACGAGCGGAUCCCAAAAUGGUGAUGAAACUGGCACCUGGCCCAACAACCAGUUUGAUACAGAGAUGCUGCAAGCCAUGAUCUUGGCCUCUGCCAGCGAAGCUGCUGAUGGGAGCUCUACCCUGGGAGGGGGCGCUGGCACCAUGGGUCUGAGCGCUCGAUACGGACCCCAGUUUACCCUGCAGCACGUGCCUGACUACCGCCAGAACGUGUACAUCCCUGGCAGCAAUGCCACGCUGACCAAUGCCGCUGGCAAACGAGAUGGCAAGGCUCCAGCAGGUGGUAAUGGCAACAAGAAGAAAUCGGGCAAGAAAGAGAAGAAGUAAUAUGGAGGCCAGGCCUUGAACCACAAGGCAGCCUCCCUCCCCAGCCAGUCCAGCUCGUCCUUACUUGUACCCAGGCCUCAGAAUUUCAGGGCUCACCCCAGGAUACUGGUAGGAGCCAGGGCCAUGCUCCCCGUUGGGAAACAGAAACACGUGCCCAAGCCAACACCCCCUCUCUAUACCCUAGGGAGUUGAAUAUGCAAAGAGAGUUCUGCUGGGACCCCCCUAUUCAAUCAGUGAUUGUACCCACAUGGGUAGCAGGGUUUGUGUGUGUGGACAUACACACACACACACACACACACACACACAAACCAUGCCACACUCCCUUAGUUACAGCUGAACUCCUCCAUCUUCCAACCCAGGCAGGCUUAUCCAUCUCCUGCCGCCCUCUCCCCACCCCACCCACUCCUUCAGUCCCUCUCUUUGAGCAAGGUAGCUGGGCUGUUGGGGUGACCGGUGAGCUAAGCCGGCUCCUAGUUCUGAACGGUAGGGAGAGUAUUACAAUCUUUUGGCCUCUCCUUCAGUUCAGCUUUCCCCCAAAGCAUGGUUUGGUACCAGUCUUCUCUUUUCCUUCCAGAGCCUGAGACCAAUGCUUAAGUUUUGGGGGAACAGGCACCCUCCCUCUGGUACUGAUGAUGCUUGCUGGAUUUUGGGAAGGCAUUUUGCUACUAAGCCUCUUUUCAAUGCCUGGGGACAACUAGUCUUUUGUUUUUCAUUGUUUGAUGUUCCCACUGCAUGCUGUGACUUCCCUACACCUCAAAGAAGAGACUCCUUUGCAUGUCUGGAGACAGUAGGGGGUGGUAAACUAAAGGGAAGUUGAGAGUGUAUACUGCUGGGAGUGGGGCAGUGGACAAAACAGCCUGUUAAUAGGGUCUUGCAAGGGGCUCUGUAUGUACCCAGGGGACUGGCUCAAUCCUCACAUUCUAGCCAUAGACAAACACCAGGCCAGACCCCUCCAUUCUGGUUCAGCCUGGGCAGCUUGGGCUGAGCCACCAGGACCAAUGGAUUUAAGCUGACAUUUCAGUCCAAGACGACGACUUCUAAGUGAGUUUAAGACCAGAGAGGAAAGAGGGGCCUCUGUGGGUGCUGGGUACUCCAGAGGUGCCCUUGGUGGGAGGACCAGUGGUCUUAGCAGGAAGGGGGGCCCAGCAAGGUCAUUCUUGGACCCUGGGUCUAGUCCAGUAGCUAGAAAAAGGGACCAAGUGGCCAUAAAGUCCCAGCCAAUGAUGGGGCUUUUCCAGUGGGCCCCUGUAGACCUCAAGCCCCUGGCCUCCACCUUACCAGGUGCCAUUUCUUCUCAGAAGGCCACUGCCCAGGCCCCCAGGCCGCCCCCUUGUGGCCAGAGAACGGUUAAAGCCCCCCAGUGCCUCCUUGUGCAUAGAACUUCCUCUGCCCUAGCCCUUACAGUAGUGUAGAAGAUCCCCCUCCCCCGCUGGUGUAGAAUAGCCAAUAGUAUAGUGUGGUGUGCUUUUACGUGAUGGCGAGUGGGCAGCGGGCGGUGGGCUGUACACAGCCGUCUGUCCUUUGAAUCUCAAUCUGCCUGCGCGGCCCGUGCUGUGUUUUGUGCUGUGUCCACACGCUGCGGCGACCCCUCCCUGUACUGACUUCUCUAUAAAAAGCUUCUCUUCGCAUAGUCACGUAGCUCCUGCCCAUCCCCCUUCCGAUAUCUCUCGCAAGUUUUAUACUCUAAUAUUUAUAUGGCUUUUUUCUUCGAAAAUUAAAAAUAAAAAAAUGGUUUCUUCUG